CGCGCUCAAAACUUCUGGUUCCCAGUCGUGUGCUGGGUUGUUCAGCAGCCCUGUAGGGCUGCAGGGCUCCGGGCAUAAAUCUGGCAGAGCUGUAGGUUGCUGUGUACCUGGCAAAUGUUCCCAGACUGAGAAUGGCAUGAUGUGGAGGGCACUGCAGUGAAAGUGUUAAAUGCCCCUUUCUUUGGAGACCUGCAAACAAAAAAGAAAUAGAAGCCAUUAACCUACCUUGUUCAGAGAGAACAUUAACUCAGCACAACAUGGCCCAGCAUAGUGUUGCCCUUGGAUUAUUCAUGAUGACUGUUUUAUCACUGUUGGAUGGAAGUUCAGCUUUCCUGUUAAAUCAGCGUCUGAAGGGAAGAUUUCAAAGAGACCGUAGAAACAUCCGCCCAAACAUCAUCCUUGUUCUUACUGAUGAUCAGGAUGUAGAACUUGGUUCUAUGCAAGUGAUGAACAAAACCAGACGGAUCAUGGAGCAGGGGGGCGCCCAUUUCAUCAACGCCUUCGUGACGACGCCCAUGUGCUGCCCGUCGCGCUCCUCCGUUCUGACGGGCAAGUACGUCCACAACCACAACACCUACACCAACAACGAGAACUGCUCGUCGCCCUCCUGGCAGGCUCAGCACGAAAUCCGCACGUUCGCCGUGUACCUCAACAACACGGGCUACAGGACAGCUUUCUUUGGGAAGUACCUAAAUGAAUACAAUGGCUCCUAUGUGCCUCCUGGUUGGAAAGAAUGGGUUGGAUUACUUAAAAACUCUCGAUUUUACAACUACACACUCUGUAGAAAUGGAGUGAAGGAGAAGCAUGGAUAUGACUACUCCAGGGAUUAUCUAACUGAUCUGAUUACCAAUGACAGUAUUACCUUCUUCAGACUCUCAAAGAAGAUGUAUCCUCACAGGCCCGUGCUGAUGGUUAUAAGCCAUGCUGCUCCUCAUGGCCCUGAAGAUUCAGCCCCUCAGUACUCACAUCUCUUUCCUAAUGCCUCACAACACAUAACUCCCAGUUAUAACUAUGCUCCAAACCCAGACAAGCACUGGAUCAUGAGGUAUACUGGUCCCAUGAAGCCCAUACACAUGGAGUUCACCAACAUGCUCCAGAGAAAGCGCCUCCAAACACUCAUGUCUGUGGAUGACUCAAUGGAGAUGAUUUACAACACAUUGGUUGAAACAGGAGAACUGGAUAACACAUAUAUAAUAUACACAGCAGACCAUGGUUAUCACAUUGGGCAGUUUGGGCUGGUGAAAGGGAAGUCCAUGCCCUAUGAGUUUGAUAUCAGAGUUCCUUUCUAUGUCCGAGGUCCAAACGUGGAGGCUGGGUCCUUGAAUCCUCACAUUGUGUUGAAUAUCGACCUCGCACCUACCAUUCUGGAUAUUGCUGGAUUGGAUAUUCCCUCUGAUAUGGAUGGUAAAUCCAUUCUAAAGCUGCUGGAUUCUGAGAGACCAGUAAAUAGGUUCCAUUUAAAGAAGAAGAUGAAGGUGUGGAGAGACUCGUUCCUGGUGGAAAGAGGCAAACUGCUGCAUAAGAGGGAGAAUGAGAAGGUAGAUGCCCAAGAAGAAAACUUUCUACCCAAAUACCAGCGUGUGAAAGACCUCUGUCAGCGAGCUGAGUAUCAAACAGCUUGUGAACAGCUUGGCCAGAAAUGGCAGUGUGUGGAAGAUGCCAGUGGAAAGCUGAAGCUGCACAAGUGCAAGGGAAUGGCGAACUUGGCAGCUGCAGGGAACCGCAAAGGCACCUCCAACCUUUUGCCCAAGUAUUACAGCAGGAGCAGGGAGGACUGCAAUUGUGAGGAGAAUGAAUACAAGCUGAGCCACGUUGGGCAAAGAAAGAAACUCUUCUCCAAGAAAAAGUUCAAACCAAGCUAUGUCCGGAAUCGCUCUGUCCGUUCUGUAUCCGUGGAGCUGGAUGGAGCUGUUUAUAGCCUGGGUUUAGAGGAUGGAUUCCAGCCCAUCUUACCAAGGAACAUCUCCAAGCAGCACAGGGUGCAGAGGGCUGUUCUGCAUGAGGAGGAAGACAGAGACAUGGGGGAGUACAGUGGCACUGGUGGCAUUGCAGAGUACACAGCCCCUAACCUGAUCAAAGUGACCCACAGGUGUUACAUCCUGGAGAAUGACACUGUUCAGUGUGACACAGAUCUGUACAGGUCACUGCAAGCUUGGAAGGACCAUAAACUUCAUAUUGACCAUGAGAUUGAAACCUUGCAAAAUAAAAUAAAAAACCUGAGGGAGGUGAGAGGUCACCUAAAGAAGAAACGACCCGAGGAGUGUGAUUGUAACAAGAUAAGUUACCAUUCCAAACACAAAACCAAACUGAGGCACAAGGGAUCCAGUCUUCAUCCUUUCAAGAAAGCCCUCCAGGAGAAGGACAGGCUGUGGCUGCUGCGGGAGCAGAGGAGGAAGAAGAAGCUGCGCAAGCUGCUGAAGAGAAUCAAGAACAACGACACGUGCAGCAUGCCCGGGCUCACCUGCUUCACCCACGACAACCAGCACUGGCAGACUGCUCCCCUGUGGACAUUGGGCCCUUUCUGUGCCUGUACCAGUGCCAACAACAACACGUACUGGUGUUUGAGGACAAUCAACGAGACCCACAACUUCCUGUUCUGUGAAUUUGCUACUGGAUUUUUGGAGUAUUUUGAUCUCAAUACCGAUCCAUAUCAGCUAAUUAAUGCAGUGAAUACGCUCGACAGAGAUGUUCUCAACCAACUGCAUGUCCAGCUCAUGGAACUCAGAAGCUGCAAAGGGUACAAGCAAUGCAAUCCAAGAACCAGGAACAUGGAUCUAGGACUUAAAGAUGGAAGCUACGAGCAAUACAGGCAGUUUCAGCGUCGAAAAUGGCCAGAUGUGAAGAGACCAUCAUCUGCCAAGUCACUAGGACAGCUGUGGGAAGGCUGGGAGGGCUAAUCUCCCCAACUGCUGCACCUCCAUGAGGAUACAAACUGGCCAGAACUUGAAUCCAUGUACAGACUAAAUGAAUUGUAACAUUAGCCUGAAGGACUGGAUAAACUUUGAGGCUGAAAUAGAUAGAAUGUUUGCACUGGUGAGUGAGUUAAAUAGAUGCAGUGAAACUAUGGGACGUGCUGUCAGAAACACAGCUCUCUGAACUCCACUAUUGUACCUGCUUUUUGCUUUGGAUUAUACCUCACCUGCUUCACGAGGCAUUUUCCUUCCAGAAGACACAAGUAAGGCUGAGCCAGGAACUGAGAGAAGAGGAAGCACAGCCCCAUCCCAAAGAGAGCCAUUCCAGCGUUUACAGGGACAGCUGAAGGAACUCCAGACAAUUUUCAGCUCAGUUGUAUCUUCAGUUGUCACGAGAAACACUUCACAGCCAAGUAUAACUCUAAAGCAAGAUUUAGAAAACAUGGAUGCUUUUCCUUCUGCUGGGGUAAAGGCAGUGGUUGAACAGAACCUUGAGCAGCACUGAGUGUUCUCAACACCACGACAAUUCUCCAGUCCCCUCUGAGGAUACGUUUUAGCUCCACGUCUGUUUGUCCAUCCUUCUGCCACCUCGGUGCAGAUUAGAGAAAAUCCUGACUAACAGAGUUGUGGAGGGGUUGUGUAAAAUACUGCUCAAUAUACUGUUUGCAAAUCAAUUCCUUCAGGUUGUAAAGAAUUUUGUUAAUAAAAAGAGUGUAAUGCCCA